CUUAGUACAGAAAUGUAACCUACUGCAGCAAGCGAGAUGAUCUUCUGGAAAUCUUUACUUUUGCUUCACUCUGAGGAUAAUUUGCUUCAGGCAAGAGAUUUUUGGGUGCUGCUGAAAUUUCGGAGAUCUGGGAAAAUGGGGUAAUAACAUGACACCAGCUCUUAAGCAGCAACAUCUGCUGUGGUUCAAAGCCACACAAAGAAAGCUGCUUAAGCAGUUGAAUAUUUUGGACUGCACGGACAAGUGUGGUUCAACUGCAAAGACUGCAGAGUGGAGGAAACUUAAAGUUUAGAGAAGUUGUUUAAAAAUGGAGUCGUGGAAGAUGAGCAUCUUUAAGAGACAAACAUCACCUUGUCCUCCAAGCUAUCGAAGAUCUUUGUCAGAACCUGCUUAUGCAAAUUCAGAGAUAGGAACAAGCUUAAAGAAUUAUCCUUGGCGUGGUCCAGUGAAAAGCAAGAGGAAGAAAAAUGAACAUGCUGUUUCCAACCUAGGAAAGCCACUGGGUGCUUAUCGGUGGCAAACACAUCCCAGCUUUAGGUGGAAAGGGGGCAAAAGGGAGAGAUGGCAGACUAAUAAAGGAGACUUGGAUGAACCACAACAAAAGGUCGUGCCACAGAUGGUUGGUAAUAAUGCUUCUUCCUCUGCUAAUGAGGUCCUUGGAACAUCAACAGAGAAGCUGAACCUGGUCAACACCCGGUCACUUCGGGUUCCAUUCACCAGAUCUAUUUCCGAGCCAGAACCCCGCUGCAGUAUCAGAUUUGGUAGACCGUGGCCGACUUCAGUGAGGUCAGAGGAGUCUGAGCAGCAGGGAUAUUUCAUCCGUGGCAUUUUUUCUACUCUUUCCAAUGGCUUCUCCAGGAUGCUGAGUUUAAGAGGAGAAUCAACCAAUGAGCCAGUAAGAGAAGAUGUGAAGGGGCCACCCACGCAUCGUCUGUCUUGCGGCCAGUCACCCUACACGGAAACGACGACGUGGGAGCGGAGGUACUGCAUCCUCACGGACAGCCAGCUGGUGCUGCUCAACAAGGAGAAGGAGAUGCCUGUGGAGGGAGGACAGGAGCAGCAGACAGAUUCCACCAAAGGGCGAUGCCUGAGGAGAACCGUCAGUGUCCCUUCCGAGGGCCAGUUUCCUGAGUACCCACCAGAGGGCGCCACUAAACUGGAGGUGCCGGCAGAGAGGUCCCCCCGCAGACGGAGUAUCUCAGGGACCAGUACAUCAGAGAAACCCAACUCCAUGGACACUGUAAAUACCUCACCCUUCAAAGUACCAGGGUUCUUCAGCAAGCGCCUGAAAGGCUCCAUCAAGAGGACCAAAAGCCAAUCAAAGCUUGACAGAAACACGAGUUUUCGGCUUCCAUCCCUUCGUAACACAGAUGACAGGGCUCGUGGUCUGCCUAAACUAAAAGAGUCACGUUCCCAUGAGUCCUUGCUGAGCCCUUGCAGUGCAGUAGAGUGUCUGGAUCUUGGCAGAGGAGAGCCCGUGUCAGUGAAACCACUCCAUAGUAGCAUCCUUGGACAAGAUUUCUGCUUUGAGGUUACCUACUUAAGUGGAAGUAAAUGCUUCAGCUGUAACUCUGCUUCAGAGAGAGAUAAGUGGAUGGAAAACCUUCGUAGGACAGUUCAACCAAAUAAGGACAAUUGCAGACGAGCUGAAAAUGUUCUUCGUUUAUGGAUCAUUGAAGCCAAGGACCUUGCCCCUAAAAAGAAAUAUUUCUGUGAACUGUGCCUUGAUGAUACCCUCUUUGCUCGUACAACCAGCAAGACCAAAGCAGAUAAUAUUUUCUGGGGCGAACAUUUUGAAUUCUAUAGCCUUCCACCUCUUCAUAGCAUCACAGUUCACAUUUAUAAAGAUGUGGAAAAAAAGAAAAAAAAAGACAAGAAUAAUUACGUCGGGCUAGUCAACAUUCCCACUGCCAGUGUGACUGGUCGCCAGUUUGUAGAAAAGUGGUACCCAGUGAGUACCCCUACGCCCAACAAAGGAAAGACAGGCGGACCUUCUAUUCGGAUUAAAUCGCGGUUCCAAACUAUCACCAUUCUGCCUAUGGAGCAAUACAAAGAAUUUGCAGAAUUUGUCACCAGCAACUACACCAUGCUGUGUUCUGUCCUUGAACCAGUAAUUAGUGUGAGAAAUAAAGAGGAGUUGGCUUGUGCCUUAGUGCACAUUCUUCAAAGUACCGGCAGAGCCAAGGAUUUUCUGACCGACUUGGUGAUGUCUGAGGUGGAUCGCUGUGGAGAGCAUGAUGUCUUAAUCUUCAGAGAGAAUACCAUUGCCACCAAAUCCAUUGAGGAAUACCUCAAGUUGGUGGGACAACAGUAUCUUCAUGACGCAUUGGGGGAGUUCAUCAAAGCUCUGUACGAGUCAGAUGAGAACUGUGAGGUGGAGCCCAGCAGGUGUUCCUCUAGUGAACUGAUAGAGCAUCAGAGCAACCUGAAAAUGUGCUGUGAGCUGGCUUUCUGCAAGAUCAUCAACUCGUACUGUGUUUUCCCUCGUGAGUUGAAAGAAGUGUUUGCGUCAUGGAAGCAGCAGUGCCUGAACCGUGGCAAGCAGGACAUCAGCGAGCGGCUCAUCAGUGCCUCGUUAUUUCUGCGUUUUCUGUGCCCAGCCAUUAUGUCUCCCAGUCUUUUCAACCUGAUGCAGGAGUAUCCUGAUGACCGCACGUCUCGGACUCUGACUCUAAUUGCCAAGGUCAUUCAGAACCUGGCUAACUUUGCCAAAUUUGGUAACAAAGAAGAAUAUAUGGCAUUCAUGAAUGAUUUUUUAGAACAUGAAUGGGGUGGAAUGAAGCGCUUUCUUUUGGAGAUCUCUAAUCCGGACACCAUCUCGAACACGCCAGGCUUUGAUGGUUACAUUGAUCUGGGCCGAGAGCUUUCAGUUUUGCAUUCCUUACUGUGGGAAGUAGUUUCCCAACUUGAUAAGGGUGAAAAUUCCUUCCUACAGGCGACCGUGGCAAAAUUGGGACCUCUCCCUCGAGUUCUUGCUGAUAUUACCAAGUCUCUGACUAAUCCUACACCAAUACAACAGCAACUAAGACGCUUCACUGAGCAUAACUCCAGUCCAAAUGUCAGUGGAAGCCUCUCCUCUGGGCUGCAGAAAAUAUUCGAAGACCCCACUGACAGUGAUUUGCAUAAACUAAAAUCUCCAAGCCAGGACAACACUGAUAGCUACUUCAGAGGGAAAACAUUACUGCUGGUGCAGCAAGCGUCCUCCCAGAGCAUGACUUACUCUGAAAAGGAUGAGAAGGAAAGUAGCCUUCCUAACGGUCGGAGCAUCUCCCUCAUGGACCUUCAGGACACUCACGCUGCUCAAGUGGAGCAUGCACCUGUCAUGCUCGAUGUGCCUAUGCGCUUAACUGGAAGCCAGCUUUCCAUAACCCAGGUGGCCAGCAUCAAACAACUGCGGGAAACCCAGAGCACUCCCCAGAGCGCACCCCAAGUGCGAAGGCCCCUGCACCCGGCCUUGAACCAGCCAGGCAGCCUCCAGCCCUUGUCAUUCCAGAACCCUGUCUAUCACCUCAAUAACCCAAUUCCGGCAAUGCCAAAGGCCUCUGUGGAUUCCAGUUUGGAGAACCUAAGCACUGCCAGUUCCAGAAGCCAAAGUAACAGUGAGGAUUUCAAACUCAGCGGGCCCAGCAAUAGCAGCAUGGAAGAUUUCACCAAACGCAGCACCCAGAGCGAGGAUUUCUCCAGGCGGCAUACUGUGCCAGACAGACACAUACCUCUUGCUCUGCCACGGCAGAAUAGUACCGGGCAGGCCCAGAUCCGGAAAAUGGACCAGGCUGGGUUAGGUGCCCGAGCCAAAGCCCCGCCAUCCCUGCCACAUAGUGCUUCCUUACGUAGCACGGGGAGCAUGUCGGUGGCCUCUGCAGCCCUCAUGGCCGAACCUGUGCAGAAUGGGAGCCGGUCCCGGCAGCAGUCUUCCUCCUCCAGAGAGAGCCCUGUUCCCAAAGUGAGAGCGAUCCAGAGACAACAAACACAGCAGGUUCAGUCACCUGUGGACUCUGCCACAAUGUCCCCAGUAGAGAGGACAGCAGCCUGGGUUCUGAACAAUGGACAAUAUGAAGAGGAUGUGGAAGAAACUGAGCAAAAUCAAGAUGAAUCCAAGCAUGCUGAGAAGUACGAGCAGGAAAUCACGAAGCUGAAGGAGCGCCUGCGAGUGUCCAGCCGGCGGCUGGAGGAGUAUGAGCGCCGCUUGCUGGUGCAGGAGCAGCAGAUGCAGAAGCUGCUGCUGGAGUACAAGGCGCGGCUGGAGGACAGCGAGGAGCGCCUGCGCAGGCAGCAGGAGGAGAAGGACAGCCAGAUGAAAAGCAUCAUCAGCAGGCUCAUGGCUGUGGAAGAGGAACUGAAGAAGGACCACGCUGAGAUGCAAGCCGUUAUUGAUGCAAAGCAAAAAAUAAUUGAUGCACAGGAAAAACGGAUCGUGUCCCUGGAUUCGGCCAACACCAGACUGAUGAGCGCGCUGACCCAAGUGAAGGAGCGAUACAGUGUGCAGGUCCGCAAUGGCAUCUCCCCCACCAACCCCACCAAGCUUUCCAUCACGGAGAAUGGUGAAUUCAAAAACAGCAGCUGCUGACGGGCUCUGUGAAUAGACAGACUGUGGGAGGAGACAGAAGGAAAUCUCCCCGCUCUCCUGUCCCCAGUCCUUUCCCCAACCCCACCAGGUUUACAGAAUGUUGCUACUUCAAAACAGCAGAGUGGCGAGAAACUCUUGAAUGAAGAAGGAACCUUGUCUUUCAGGGCAGAAGGCUAAGCCUUCCAAGGUCGACGCUUUCCCCCCAUGUCUCUUGUGUACAUAGGGAAUUUAGUUCUGGGCCAUGUACAGAAAAUACCACUGUAAUAUACCAAAAGGAAGUUAAUAAUGUAGAUUACCUUUUUAAUUAUUACUAUUUUUAUUAUUGUUUUCCUCUUGUUGAAAGCACUGCAGUUGUUAGAGGAGGAAAAAGUAGGAACGAUGUGUGAGUGAGAAAUGAGCCCAGGGGCUCAGUAGGUAGAGACCGAGUGUCUAUCUGAUAGACAUAGGAUAUCGUCAGAAUGGAUUUUUCAGGGAUUCCCCUGCCAGUCUCAAAACCCCACUCUGGCCCCCUUGUCCUGUAGGAGAACAUGCAAAUACCAAGAACCAAACAAAACAAUUUAUCCCAUUGGCCAACCCAAGACUGGUUCCGGACGGACGGCUAAUCUGAUUUGGGAAUGCGCUGUCUCGGAAAACACAGAUAAGAGCUGUGGCAUCAAAACCGGACUUUAGGAGUGAUUUCUAUUGAACUCCUGUUGAUGUUUAUUUCCUUCUGCCUAAAGCAGAUGGGAAUUUUCCAUUUUAGAUAGGGGGCUUUUUUUUAACCCCAGUUGUAAUAAAGGGUGUUCUUUUUUUCCUCUUUAGAGUUUACAGAACUAUAAAUAUUCGUGUCUCUGCAUAUCGUCUUCAUCUGCACCACCCACUGCCCUCUCCUCCCCAUGGUGGGAGCAGUCAUCACAACAGGGUUUACUCUCCCCUGGAGAGGUUGUCCCAAUAUGCUGUCCAUAAGCCAUCCAAAAGAAACACCCUUUCUUCCACACAGAAAAGGGCUAAUCAUACCAUAGCAGGAAUCUCUGACUAUUUCCUAUUAAAAAACAAAAACGAAAAAACAGCUUUUCUAUUUGUAACUUCAUUUUUGUUUGGGAUAAAGAUUUUAUCCAUUGUACUAGCAAAUCUCUGGGCAGGGUAAUUUUAUCUCAGUCGUUAGCUCUUAAAUGGCUUGUUCUAAUUCCCUCACUGAAAUUUGGAAAGGAAAUCCAGACCCAAAGCAUCGCCCUCUCACACAAGUCAGGAUAACUCCUAUACAAUAAGAAAACGAAAAGCGCAAGGACCGCACGCUCCAGCUGUUCUCCCGUGUUCUUCGUAGAUGUGGCAAUAAUGACUCUGUUGUACCGAUUUGUCAUCCUUGGCUUCACUGUGGGACAGAAACCGUCGUGGAAGCUCAUUUACUUCCCUUUUUUCCCGAGGUGUGAAAUGUCAUCUUGAAUGCAAACUUGAUUAUCAGAAGUAUGGAAUGUGGUGUCUUAAAACGGACAUUAUGUAUACAAAUAUAUAUACAUAUAUACUCACACAUAUGUACAUAUAACUGCACAAAUAGGAAAGUUCAUGCCUUCUCCGCUGUCAGAUACAAUGUAAAAGGGUUUUUGAGUCUCGUUAAGCAAGAUCUAAGCAGUUCUUUAUACUGAGAAAGCAACAUUUCCCAAAUAAGUUAAUGAUGUUUGUUUCAAAUUAUGAACUAUAAGGAAAUUUUUAAAAAGGAAAAAAGGAGAGGAAGAUUAAAAAAACAAAAGACGUGAGGGAGCCAUAUGCAUGGAGUGAGUUUUCCUACAUAACAGAAUAGCAUAAGGAAACAAGAGAACAUGUAUCGUGUCCUCUCUUGGGUGAAGCCCAGACUCCCAGACUCCACGUCUGUGAAUAGCCUCCCUUUCACGGUGCCCCAGGCUCGCAUCCGGACCUCUUGAGCACAUUCCCCGGGGCCCAGGUGGAUCUCUGUGCUGGAGCUUGCGUCUCAGCAGCCUCCCCACGCCCCCUCCCCCCCCCACCCCCAACCCACAGCCUUUUAAAACACUUCCCUUCACAAUCAUCCCGUUUCUGCUGGUCAGAGAUGGAAGGCAGGCUGCUCAUGCGCUUAUCUGAUGUGCGGUUUUCAUGUCCCCACACUUUGGCACCUGGUUAUCUUCUGAUAGUUAUUUUAUAUAGUCUCACCUCCUCCCUCUAAGCCUAGGGCAGGCACACUGUGGUCAAAAUCACUUAUUUUCAUAGGGAAAAAAAAAAUCUCACUAACUCUGAAGACGUACCCUUUGUUGGCAGGAAGGAUGUAAACGUAGGUGGCCUUGUUCAUGGCUAUUCUCAGCUCUAGCCGUGUUUCAUCCUUUCUUUAUAAAAGCCUUCGACUGUGCUGCAGAAAGCCUGGUAAAAGAAUUGUCAGUUUCAGUGGCCUUAAGUAUGUAACUUGGGUGAUGUCUUGCAUUGAGGUGUGGAAGCUCUGAGGUGUUGGUUAAGGCUUACGGAGGGCGGAUAAGCUUACCUGUACUGGAGGGCUGGGGGCGACACAGAAAAAUCAGAUGUGCUUUUGAUGGUGCAUAUUUCUUGCUGGCAUUGUGGGAACUCCUUAGAGGGCUGCCUACUUGGGAAGAUUAAAUGCCCAAAGCGUUUGGAAAAAUUUUGCAGCCCUCUAUUGCCAGGUUAUCUUGAAUGAAGAGAAAAAGAGUAAGAAACAAAAGUUGGAAGUCAGCUAGAAGUUCAGAUUUAUUACCAGAUGUUAAGUUUCAGAUUAUCCUUUGAGCCUGUUCCUAUCCAAAUAUUUUUCUGAGUAUUUCUUCUGAGAGGCUGCAAUCUGUGGAACUUAUUCUGAAAGACCUUCUACGUAGGUAUGGAUGACGGCAGCAAAUAGCAGGUCAUUUUUACGGAGGUAUUGCUUCAUCGGCUUUGCUUUGGCCCGAAUAACUACGUACUUCUGCUCUACUAGGAGGAGGGCGUGGGCGGAGUGAGAUAGCAGUGUCUUCCACUCUGCCUUCCACCCCCACGUCACCACAUUGCAGGGUGCGGCGUGGACCGUGGCUGAAUGGAAUUUGGAGUUCAGGUGACGUGCUUGCCAAGUGCUUGUCUAGCUGACAGCCGGACUUGGCUAUUAACAAGGACAGUGUGGGUUUAGGAAUUAGGGAAAGAGCUUUCACGCUCCCUUUUUACGUCCCUGGAGCAACAGACUCCCUGGGCCGAAGCAGCAGAAAGAGUUACAUUCCCAUCGAGUCACCGUAUACCCCACGUCUCCGCAAUGUACCCCACGGCCCCAGGAGAUGACACCUAGGUAACUACAACAAACACUUGAGCACUCACUGUGGUCCAGGCACUCGCACCAAGGUACCGUUGGAGCCUGGGGCAGCCUGUUGGUAAGGAAAAUGUGGAAAAAUGAGCUAAUCGGGCUGCUCUAGGCUUUUGUUGUUUUCACUCAGUAUUGAGUUGGUCCUAAGUAGCUUUCUCUGGAUGGCUUCCACCUUUCCCCGUGAUGGUGUUGGACAGGGAAAGAAAAAGCAGGAGUCUCUGACUGGUGUACGACCUUGAGAGUUAGCUGGACUUUAGAAGUAAAGCUUUCCAGAUCUUAGUCGGCCUCAGCCUUUGUUUACGGAUCUGUGGUUCUUUCGGCCCCUGGCUCUCACUGUGUCCUCAGAGGUACCCCAGGUUGGGAGCAGUUCUUCUUUGGAAGUCCCAGAGCAAGACAGUGGCCAUCAAAUGAGUUUGCGUUAGUAUUUGCUUUGCUUUCCAUCUAGGUUAAGUUCUAGUCAUGUUCAGUUUGGAGUUCCUGAGAAAGCUGGUCGUGGGACUGAACUUGGGGAAGGAACCCUCUUUAGGAUUGCCCAAGUCCCAUGUGACCUUGAGCCCAGACUAGACUUGUCACUGGGCCUGGCCCAGCGGUUCCCGAGCCCGUGCCACAGCUUCAGUGCGUCGUCAGAUACGCGCAUGGGGGCCACCUCCUCCUACGGAGUGUGGAAACCAAAGGGACUUUCUUCUCCAUUCCCCUUCCCCUUCUCAAGUCCGGUGUGAGAUCUCCUGCUUGCCCCAGCGGUAAAGAGCUGCCUUCCCACCCUCUACCCAAGGGCCAAGAAUUUGGGAUACUUUGUUUUCAUCAAUGUGUCAAUUGAAAGAACCUAUUUUACUAGUCUUUUAAAAGCAAGAUAAGUUGGGUGUUGAAUUUUUAAGUAGAAUCUCUUUCCGUGUCUGAGUGUUAUUAGUUUUAGAAGCAUCCUCUUGUCGUGACCCAAUUAUGAAUGCUCUUGAGUUUAGCAAGGACAAAAGUGAUGAAAUUUGCAUGAGAUAGAAUAAAUAUCUUAUGAAGAGUGAAAGAGCGUGAGGAACACACAUGAUGCAGAAGGGGACUCAUGUAUAGCAGCCUUUCGGUAGCCCAAAGGUUCAAGGGAACAGAACUGAUAUCCUUUGCCUGAUCUUAAAAUACACGGAUAAGAAAGGCAAUCUCUGUAGACAACACACACACCCCCAACCCAAAACACACAAUUCCUAGGGCUUCCAUUUUCUGAAUGUUAAUCACUUACGGAGCAGUGAUUCUCAGAAUUUCUUGAGCUUUUUAGAUUUUCUGCUCUCGUUUGUUACACGUUAUAACCGUGGUUCGUUCCUCUUUAAAAUGUACGGUACGCUAUGUGUUAUGUGUGUAUGUGAGUUCAACUGACUUGAAAUUGAUCUGGUUUGACGUAGAUAUCGUCAUUCAUACCACGGGGAGGGAUGGAAAGAAAGUUGAAUGUCACUGUAGGAUCCAGAAAGAAGCAGCUUUGGUUCCUAAUCAGUUUAUCUUCAGGUAUUUGAGGAACCCACCCGGCAAGACUUGGCAAAUCUGGUGUCACCCCAGGAAAGCAAAGUGGUCAUUUGCCCCUAUCUCAGCAUGCAUCGUAAUUUCCUAUUCAUUUCCUAUUUUUCAUUCAGAUGCUCUCAUACUUCACUAGGAAACGAUUUGGUUUGGGACCUAGAGCCAGAUUUAUCUGUUGUUGUAGAAAGAUUUCCACAGAAGCUGUAUUUUGGGGGCCUCCAUCGUCUGUGGGAGGGAGUACAAAGGUUUAUGUCUAAAUAUUGUACUUAGGUCACUUCUAAACUCCCAAGGGAAAAUUCUGAAUUCCCAGUUCACCAAAAGGUUGAGUGCUAAUUGACUCAAUGAGCACCAUCCUGCAGAAAAGUUUUCUGAGAUAAAUACUAAAGGUUGAGUUUUGACUGGUGCUUAGCUAUUUCCUAGUUGCAUUAAAACUAACUCGUGCAGACGGCACAGCACACUGACCUGAAUCACACCUGUGAGUUUUACCUUCUAAAUUUGAUUUUGUUCUUCAUCUCCAGGGCCUUAAUAAGAAUGUGUUAAUGCACAUGACUAUUUUACAACGAUAGCUCUAAAUAAUUUAUUUUUUAUUUCAAGAAAGAGAAAUACACCUUAGAAAAACAAAACCCAAGAUUUUAUUUUACUUUUAAAGCCAUAUUUUUGUGCCGGUAGCACUUAGAUUAUUCCAUACGUGAGAUCCAUAUCUGCAUUUCAUUACCUGGGUUUGUUCUAAAGAAGAUUUAUUUUUGUUCUGUGAAUACUUUUUGAUGGUUCUUGUACAUGUACAGAUAUAGAUACGUUUGAGGUCUUUUAUUGCUAUUCCUACAAAGAAUACAAAUAAACUUUAACUUUAAACAUUUCAGA